CGAUCUAUCUGACGAAAAGCGCCUUCUCGAUUUUGGACUCGUCGACAUUGAAGCACGAAGUGCUUACGAGAUACAAACGAAAAUAAUCAAUUAAAAUAACAAUUAAUAUUUAAAUCAACCAUGAAGUUUGCAAUCGCGAUUUUGGCCGUGGUAGGAUGCGCGUCCGCGCAGUUCGGCAAUUACCGUGGCUUCCAGAACCAGAGGCCGUUUACACAGACCCAGAGACCUCAAUAUCAGCCCCAGCCUCAGCCUCCCCAGUACCAACCGAUCCAGCCCCAAUAUAAUCCCAGUGGCCCGCCAAUCGCAAUCCGCAGCCAACAGUCCGACGCCAGUCCCGACGGAUCUUACAACUGGAGCUACGAAACUGAGAACGGAAUAUCCGCAUCGGAAACCGGCUCACCGAAAUCGACUGCCGAAGGUCCAGCAGAGACCGUUCGGGGACGCUACUCUUAUACAGCCCCCGACGGAACUCCAAUAACCGUCGAGUAUUACGCCGACGAGACCGGGUUCCACGCGGAGGGUGCUCACAUCCCGACGCCGCCCCCAAUCCCCGAGGCGAUAAGACGCGCUCUGGAAGUACUUCCCCAGACCCGUGAGGAGCCAACGUACCAGCAGCCUCAGCAGCAGCAAUAUAACCGACCAACUUACAACCAAGGAGCUCCCUUCCGCAGAUUUUAAAGAGAGGAAAUAGAACGUAAAAACAACGGUUUGAAAAUAUUCCUCCUCUCGCGAAGACUCACGAGAAACUGGACAAUAAACAAUUAGCCAAGAAUUUUGACGAUGAAAAAAGGUAAAAUUACAUGGAAUCAGGACGACGAAAAAUCCAUGAGAGACCCAUCGAACACAUGUGUAAAUGAAUUUACAUUUACAAUUAUUAACCUGUGAUUUUAUACACGUGUUUUGUACUCCCUUUUGUACUUAAUUAAUUUUAUGAUUAAUUUUAUAUUCGAAAGCAACGGAAUUAUCGUCCGCAAUAAAUCGAAACUCUUUGCAA